AUGUCCGCGUCGAGUUCCGGUUGCUCAGAAUCGACUAAUUUCAACGCGAUCCAAGAUGAUGAGCUACAGCAUACGACGCAGAGCUCAGUAGCUACGACUUUUGCGUCCAACGUUUCAACGGAUCUGCGAGAGCAUCACAUGUUUUUAUCGACGGCGUUGGUCUCCAUAAAAGAUUGCAACGGGCAAUCAUAUUUAGCGAGAGCGCUUUUGGAUAGCGGUUCCCAGACCAACCUUAUUUCGGAACGAUUAUGUCAAAUACUGAAGCUACCGAGGAAGAAAGUCAACGUACCCAUUUCCGGCAUUGGGAACUCCCUGAUGCAAGUGUCACACUCCAUAACUGCAACGAUAUUUUCACGUACUACCAACUAUGCCGUUCCCAUGGACUUCCUAGUGUUGAAGAAAGUUACGAACGACCAACCAUCGGCGACGAUUCCAAUAGGAAGCUGGAACCUCCCAUCGGAUAUGAAUUUAGCGGAUCCUGGUUUUAACAAACGUGGAUCCAUCGAUCUUCUUCUUGGAUUGGAAUACUUUUCUGAAUUUUUGCUGUUAAACGAUGGACGCGUGCAAAUCAAAAACUUAGGUGAUAGGCUCCCUCUUUUCAUACACACAGUUUUCGGUUGGAUAGCGGCUGGAAAGGCUGAUUUAGGAAGCAUAAUGCCCCUCUCUAGUUAUCAUGUUGCAAUCGAUAAUCAACUUGAUGAGGCUAUUGAACGGUUUUGGAAAAUUGAGGAGAUUCGCGAUGCACCCAAGCAAACACCAGAGGAAAUGGAUUACGAAGCACACUAUGCAGCAACUGUCGAAAGGAACGAGCAAGGACGCUAUGUGGUAGGUCUCCCAAAACGGGAUUGUUUCGCUGAAAGAAUAGGUGAGUCGAAAAGCAUGGCAUUACGUCGAUUAGUACAACUGGAAAGGCGUUUCAAGGAAGACCCAGGACUCCAUGCGCGGUACAAUAAAGCCAUUCAGGAAUAUUUGGACAACGAUCAUUUGAGACUUGUGCCUCUAGCAGAAGAAGGAAGUGAAAGACGAAUCGUUUGCUAUUUACCUCAUCAUCCCGUCUAUAAGGAAACAAGCACAACAACCAAAAUUCGUCCAGUGUUCGACGGUUCAGCCAAAACUACGAGCAAUUCCUUGCUGAACGAUUUACUUCUAACGGGACCUGUAAUUCAGGAAACUCUUUUCAAUUUAUUGCUCAGAUUUCGGAAACAUAAGUUGGCGCUGGUUUGUGACGUUGAAAAAAUGUACCUCCAAGUUUUGGUUCAUCAUGAAGAUAGGUCAUUAAUGCGUUUUGUAUAUCGCUUUUCUACAUCUGACCCCAUCUCGACGUAUGAAUUUCAACAAGUUACGUUUGGUUUGUCGUCAUCGUCCUUCCUAGCGAUUAUUACGUUGCGUCAGUUGGCAUUCGACGAAGGAGCCGCUUUGCAACAAGCGAAGACAGCACUCGAGGAAGACUUCUAUGACGAUUAUAUCGGUGGAGCAGAUUCCGUGGAAACGGCGAUUCAGCUGAGGAAAGACUUACAGCAGUUGUUAGCUAAAGGUGGGUUCCGUCUAAGAAAGUGGAAUUCUAAUAUCAAGGAAGUUCUGUUCGGAAUGCCCGAGGAAGAUUUGGGCAUUGAGCGCACCUUGACAUUCGAUAAGGAGGAAAGCGUCAAAACAUUGGGAGUAACGUGGAAUCCAGGAAUCGAUUAUCUAUUGAUGUCACGAAUUCUACAAUGA